AUGUCGAGUGGAGAUGAACAUGACGAUCAUUUAGAUGAUGAAUACGAUGAUCAAUUAGAUGAGGAGGGAGACGAUGACUAUGAAGAUGACGACGAAGACGAGGAGGAGGAGGAAGAAGAGGAACGUCCAAAGAAGAAAGGAAAGACAAGUUCUUCCAGUAGCAGCAGCAGCAAAGGCAGAGGAUCGAGAAGCAGCAAAAAGAAGGACAAACGAAAGAGUGGAAUGGAGUCGCUUUUCGAAGGUGAAGCGGAGGAAGGCGAUGAAGACGAAUACGAAGACGAGGAACAUGAUUGA